AUGAAAAGUUACCCUGAAGAUGAAGAAUUGGAUGGACUCCUAAUUAAUAGUGACUCUCAGGAGUGUAAUAAUAACUUAUCAUCAUUCAUAAAGUAUAUUAUAGAUAAGGUGUAUAUGACAAGUGAUUAUGAAGAAGAAAGAAAUUAUCAUAAAUUAUCGCAAUAUGCGCUCAAAUUGAUUAAUCUGAACUUAUUUGUUAAGAACUAUAAGUUCUGUAUGGGGAAAUUCUUAGCAUUCUUAUCUACUUUCACAUCAUGGACUGAAUGUAGUGUACUUGGAUUAGAAGAUACCAGUGAUAUGGAUCCAAAAGUUAGACAAGAAGGUGAAUAUAUUAAGGAAUUUCUUUGUAUUAUCUUACUUGUACUAUUGAAAUUAAAGAAUAGUGGUAAUGAAGUUGUACAAGAUGAUAAUUCUAAUGUUAAUGUGAUAAAAACUGAAGAUUUAUUUAAGACAUUACAGGAUUAUGAUUUUAUUACAGUAAUUUCUAAUUUUAUUAGUGUACACGUUCGUGCAUUAGAUAAACAACAAACUUCAUUUGUAUUAUUCAAAUUUAGUUGUGAUAUAUUCUUUGAAUAUUUAUAUUAUACUGAAUUACUUACCGAUGAAGAAUUCUCUUCAUUAACUAAUGAUACCCAAAUUAUUCCUACUUUAAUCAAGUAUCUUCUAGCCAAUGAGAACUUUAGUACCUACGAUAUUGAUGGAGAUGAUUUUGAAGAUGAAGAUAAGUUAAUUGCAUACGAAGAAUUUAAAUUACUCCUAUUAAUUAAUGAACAGUAUCUUAUGAAAUCAUAUCUGAAUUCCAAUAUUGAAAAUAAGGUAUUUAAUGGAUUAAUGAAAGGUGAUAGUGAAGAUAUAUCUCCCAAUACUAAUCAUGCUAAUAUAACAGGAUUUAUUAAUUUAUUAAUAUAUCAUCUUAAUAGAGAAGAAUCACAAAUCAUUAAGAUUUUAAUCUUAAAAUUUCUUUAUCUUGUAUUCACUACAUCAUAUACUACUAGACUUGUAUAUUUAAAUGAUUUAAAAAUCCUUAUAGAUGUAUUUAUUCGAGAAUUAAAUAAUAUGGAUUUUACUGGUUCUCAAGGUAAUGAACAUAGAUUCUUAGCUAUAACUUAUUUAAAAGUUAUGUAUCCAUUACUUAUGUUUUCACAAAUUAAAGAUCUUGUGGAAGGGUAUAAGAAUAAUGAUAUUUUAGAAUUAUUUGAGAAUCUUAUAUUAAAUACUCAAAAUAAUGAUAAUAUAGAAGAUAAUGUUCGACAAGAACAAGAAGAAGUUAUUUGUAAACUUGCUAAGAAAAGUAUGGGGAUACAAUGGCUUAAGAUUAGUAAAAAGAAAUCAUCAUCAUCACCAUCAGCUUCUUCAUUAACUCAUACUUCGACAUCUUCAUCAUUAAAUUCAUUAAAUAAUAAUAAUAGUAGUAAAGUAUCAUCAGAUGAAGUAUCGAAUGUUUCAACAGAUUCCAUUGUUAAUAUGGCUAGAGUUGCAUCAGUAAGAACUUCAAGUAGAAGUGAUUAUCAUAAGCAUACCACUUCUCAUAAUAUUCAAGACUUUAGACGUCAUUCUCAUGAUCAAAAGUCCUUAUACGCUUCCAAUAAUAAUAAUAUAUUCCUUGAAAAGCAUAUGGAAGAUUUACAUAUUAAUCCUGCUGAUUCAGAAGAGUUUUCUCCAUGGGUGGCUCCACCAGAAGCACCAACUAAAGGUUGUAAUAAUAUUCUUGAUUUACCUGUAGAAUAUCUCAAGACAAAGAAGUUGCCUGUGCUUCCAGUGCCAAUAAAAGCUGACAGAGAUAUAUACAAACAUGGAGCUGGAUCUUCAUCGUCUGUCAAUUCUGCAUCUCUGAAUGGGUAUAAGCAUAAGAAGCCCCCACCACCACCUCCACAAGCACCUCAAGUAAAUGAAUUCAGAGCUAGUCCAUCUCCCUUACCAAAGUAUGGUACGCCACCUCCACCACCGCCACCUCCAAGAAGGAGACGAUAAUAUCGGUAAUUAGUAAUAGUUGCAUUAAUUUGUAUUAUAAAUAUUUUAAUAAAUAGUCCAU